AUGAAUAUUACAGAGUCUAGUAUCACAGAUUAUCUGUAUGAUUCAGACUAUGCUUCUCUAAUUGCACAACCCUGCUCUAAGUGGGAAGUGAGGAUCUUCACAAAAGCAUUUCUGCCAGUUGCAUACUCGUUGAUUUGUAUCAUCGGCCUACUUGGUAACAUCUUUGUAGUGAUGACCUUUGCUUUAUAUGAAAGAACCAAGUCCAUGACGGAUGUUUACCUCUUCAACAUGGCCAUCGCGGACAUACUGUUUGUUCUCACCCUCCCACUGUGGGCAGUGAACUAUGCUGCUGACAAAUGGAUUUUUGGUAAUUUCAUUUGCAAAAUGGCCAGAGGUAUCUAUGCAAUCAACUUCAGCUGUGGCAUGCUGCUUUUGGCCUUUAUCAGUGUGGACCGGUACAUUGCAAUCGUACAGGCAACAAAGUCAUUUAAGCUAAGGGCAAGAACACUUGCAUACAGUAAACUGAUUUGUUUGGCUGUGUGGGUAUCAUCAAUUUUAAUUUCCAGUUCCUCUUUUCUAUACAGUGAAAGUUACAGCUUCUCCAUCAAUGAAACCAAAGAGAUUUGUGACCACAGAUUUGACAAAAUGGCUGAAAGCACUAUGCUGAAAUCACUGCUGUUGUGUCUACAAGUUGGAUUUGGAUUUUUUUUACCUUUCAUAUUUAUGUUUUUUUGCUAUACAUUCAUAAUCAAAUCCUUACAACAAGCUCAGAAUUCCAAGAGAAACAAAGCAAUUCGUGUGAUUGUAUUAAUUGUAGCUGUUUUCCUAGUUUGCCAGGUGCCCUAUAACAUUGUUCUUCUUGUGGCAGCUGUAAAUAUGGGUAAGAUGGACAAAUCUUGUGACUCUGAAAAGGCAAUGGCCUAUGCAAAAUACACCACUGAAGCCAUAGCAUUUUUACACUGUUGCCUGAACCCUGUGCUCUAUGCAUUUAUCGGAGUGAAGUUUAGAAGUUACUUUGUGAAGAUAAUGAAGGAUCUAUGGUGCAUGAGACACAAGAAAUACAAUAAACGUGGUUCAAGGACAAAUUCCGAUAUUUAUCAUUCAAGACAGACUAGUGAAAUUCUGACUGACAAUGCAUCUUCUUUUACUAUAUAA